AUGGAGCAUUGUUGUGUUGUAAGAAAAACUUCUGUUAUAGGACUGAAAAUAUUCAUUUUCCUUCGGUACAACACUGCCGUUUUGACAAUUUCGGUAGUUUCGCCCCCAGUUGACCACACGCAACUUCAUUUUCUUCGUCUUCCUGUUGUUGUUGUGUACGACUUCACCUCAUCGCUGUCUUCGUUGACAUCUUUCUCCUCCCUAUCAUCGUCUUGGUCGUCUUCGCCUUCAUCUCCGUUUCGUCGUCUUCGACGUUUUUGUCUACGCCAUCACCUCGUCGCCGUCUUCGUUGACAUCUUCGCCUUCAUCUCCGUCUCAUCGUCUUGGUCGUCUUCGCCUUCAUCUCCGUUUCGUCGUCUUCGACGUUUUUGUCUACGCCAUCACCUCGUCGCCGUCUUCGUUGACAUCUUCGCCUUCAUCUCCGUCUCAUCGUCUUGGUCGUCUUCGCCUUCAUCUCCGUCUCGUCGUCUUCGCCUUCAUCUCCGUCUCGUCGUCUUCGCCUUCAUCUCCGUCUCGUCGUCUUCGCCUUCAUCUCCGUCUCGUCGUCUUCGCCUUCAUCUCCGUCUCGUCGUCUUCGCCGUCUUUGUCUACGCCAUUACCUCGUCGCCGGCUUCUCCUUCGCCCUUCAUGUGGGGAAUUCACCGUGGAUCGUUGCUUUGGUAUUGUUUUAUUUUGCAUUGUUAUGUUUAAGUUAACCCGUUGGCUGCCACCCCGUUUGCGUCCCAUUUUUGUUGUAGCUUGUAGGGACCGGCCGCAAUGGCCUUCGCCGCAAGGCGCCUUAGGCAA